AUGUUUAGACAUCUGCAAAAGUCGCUCAGACCAGCUAGUUUUUUUUUGAGUCAGAGACUGGCGUUUAGGGCAAAUCUUGUGCGAUUUUAUAGACCAUCACAGUAUUUGCGUCAUCUCAAAAUCAAGAUGAGCGAUAGUCAAGAGCUACCACCGGUAGAUCCAAAAAGCGGAGAGAUCAUAAUCAAUCCCUUGAAGGAAGACGGAACAGAGAAGAGUGCCAAAGAGAUUGAAAAAGAGCGUAAAAAGGCUGAAAAAUUGUUGAAAUUCGCAGCUAAACAGGCUAAGAAGCAAGAAGCGGCCGCGAAACAAGCUGGAAGUGCCAAGAAAGAAAAGAAAAAGAAGGAAGUCGAAGUUAUUCCCGAGUUUGUGGAUGCCACUGUUGCAGGUGAGAAGAAGGUGCUUGUGUCCCUAGAAGACCCAGCUCUCAAGGCUUACAAUCCAGCCAACGUCGAAAGCUCUUGGUACGACUGGUGGGUCAAAUCAGGUGUUUUCGAGCCUGAGUUCACCGAGAGCGGUGAUAUCAAGCCCGAGGGCCUUUUCUGUAUUCCUGCACCUCCCCCCAAUGUUACUGGCGCUCUUCACAUCGGACAUGCGUUGACGAUUGCUAUCCAGGAUUCGCUAAUCAGAUACUACAGAAUGAAGGGAAAGACCGUCUUGUUCUUGCCGGGCUUCGAUCAUGCUGGUAUCGCUACGCAAUCAGUCGUCGAGAAGCAAAUUUGGGCCAAGGAGAAAAAAACCAGACACGAUUAUGGCAGAGAAGCGUUUGUCGACAAAGUCUGGGAAUGGAAAGAAGAGUAUCACACGAGAAUUAAGGGCCAGGUUAAGAAACUGGGUGCUUCUUACGACUGGACAAGAGAGGCCUUCACUUUAAACCCACAACUAUCUAAAGCCGUCACCGAGGCUUUUGUGAGACUACACGAAGAAGGAAUCAUUUACCGUGCUAACAGAUUGGUUAACUGGUCUGUGAAGUUGAACACUGCCAUUUCUAACUUGGAAGUUGAAAACAAAGACAUCAAAGGUAGAACUCUACUUUCAGUUCCAGGCUACGACGAUAAGGUCGAAUUCGGUGUUUUGACUUCGUUUGCAUACCCUGUCGUGGACUCUGAUGAAAGGCUCAUUAUCGCCACCACCAGACCUGAAACGAUGUUUGGUGACACUGCCGUUGCUAUCCACCCUGACGAUCCACGUUACAAGCAUCUGCAUGGUAAAUUCGUGCAACACCCAUUCCUGCCUCGCAAAAUUCCAAUUGUGUGUGACAGCGAAGCUGUUGAAAUGGAAUUCGGUACUGGUGCUGUUAAGAUUACUCCAGCGCACGACCAGAACGAUUACAACACCGGUAAGCGUCACAAUCUAGAGUUCGUCAACAUCUUGACUGAUAAUGGUUUAUUGAACGAGAACUGUGGUCCAGAGUGGGAAGGUAUGAAGAGAUUCGACGCUAGGAAAAAGGUCAUUGAAGAACUGAAGGCUAAAGGACUAUAUAUUGGCCAGGAGGACAACGAAAUGACAAUUCCAACUUGCUCGAGAUCUGGCGAUAUAAUUGAGCCCCUACUAAAACCUCAAUGGUGGGUUUCUCAGUCAGAGAUGGCCAAAGAGGCCAUCAAGGUUGUGAAAGACGGCCAAAUUACGAUAACUCCUAAAUCUUCGGAAGCAGAAUACUUCCACUGGAUGGAAAACAUUCAAGAUUGGUGUAUUUCCAGGCAGUUAUGGUGGGGUCAUCGUUGUCCCGUUUACUUUGUCAAGAUUGAAGGCGAGGAAAACGAGAGAGACGACGACAAAUACUGGGUUUCAGGCAGAAAUCUCGAGGAAGCUGAGAAAAAGGCUUCUGCUAAAUUCCCUAAUGCUACAUUCACUCUUGAGCAAGAUGAAGACGUUCUAGACACUUGGUUCUCGUCUGGUUUGUGGCCUUUUUCUACUUUGGGAUGGCCUGAAAAAACUGCUGACAUGUCCAGAUUUUAUCCAUUUUCCAUGCUGGAAACGGGUUGGGACAUCCUGUUCUUCUGGGUCUCUAGAAUGAUCUUAUUGGGUCUGAAAUUAAAUGGUGGUGUACCAUUCAAAGAGGUUUUCUGCCAUUCCUUGGUCCGUGAUGCUCAAGGUCGCAAAAUGUCCAAGUCUUUAGGUAACGUCGUGGAUCCUCUGGACGUAAUAAGGGGUAUUAGUUUGAAUGAUCUACAUGCCAAAUUGUUGACAGGUAACUUAGACCCAAGAGAACUGGAAAGGGCCAAAACAGGACAAAAUGAGUCGUAUCCAAAUGGUAUUCCUCAGUGUGGUACUGACGCUCUGAGAUUUGCUCUUUGUGCGUACACAACUGGCGGCCGUGACAUUAACCUAGAUAUCCUACGUGUUGAGGGUUACAGAAAGUUCUGUAAUAAGAUCUACCAAGCUACCAAGUUUGCUCUCUUGCGUUUGGGAGACGAUUAUGAACCACCGGCCGAGGAAAAACUUUCAGGCAACGAGUCUUUAGUCGAGAAAUGGAUUCUGCACAAGUUGACUCGUUAUUCUAAGACGAUAAAUGAAGCACUUGAGAGGCGUGAUUUUCUCAACUCCACUAGUGCUAUCUACGAGUUUUGGUACCUGAUUUGCGAUGUUUACAUUGAAAACUCGAAAUAUCUCAUCAAUGAGGGCACUGACGUUGAGAGAAAAUCUGCCAAGGACACUCUUUACAUUUUGUUGGACAAUGCUUUGAGAUUCAUUCACCCAUUCAUGCCCUUCAUUUCUGAAGAAAUGUGGCAAAGAUUGCCAAGAAGAUCAUCCGAGAAGGUUCCAACCAUCGUAAAGGCUCCUUACCCUGAAUACAAGAGUUCCUUUGAUGACGAAAAGGCUGAGGCUGACUACGAAUUUGUUCUUGAUGCCACCAAGGAGGCUCGUUCUUUACUAGCGCAGUACAGUAUUUUGAAAAACGGCAAAGUAUUUAUUGAGACCUCCAACGCUUCUCUUUACGAAACUGCUGUGUCUCAACGUGACUCUGUUGUGUCCUUGAUCAAGGCCAUCGAUGCUGUUGAAGUUGUUAAAUCGGCCUCUGAAGUUCCAGAAGGUACAGUUUUGCAGGCAGUCACUCCCGACAUGAACGUCCACGUCUUGGUGAAGGGACACGUCGACAUUGACGUGGAAAUUCAGAAGACUCAGAAAAAGUUGGACAAGGCUCAAAAGACCAAAGAGGGGAUUCUAAAAAUUGUUGAAAGUAAAGAUUACGAGGCCAAGGCCAACAAUGAAGCAAAGGCUUCGAACAACACGAGAUUAGAGAAUGCGAUGGCUGAAAUCGAAGGUCUAGAAGUUACGAUCGCCAAUUUAGAAUUUCUAAAGUUAUGA